GUCAGACACCCAAUUUUCAAGAAAGUCAGUCUCUCCCAUUCAGAAGAUCGAGUGAAGCAACAACACUUUGUACAUACUCCCUUUUGACUACUUUCUUCGCCAUGCGUACUCCCUUUGUUACCCUUGGCCUUAUGGCUGUCUCCGCCAUGGCAGACAUGGCUGCAUUCUCAAAUGCCAACAGCUUUGGUGCGAUGCUAAAGCGUGGAGAUACAAUCUUAAAACGCCAGGGCUAUACCCCAGACACCACCUACUGUGGCAGAGGAGACACCUGUGCAGAGGCGUGUGGAGCCAACAGCGUACAGUGUUCUUCAACCGACACCUCUAUGCUCUACUGCCACCAGUCUGAUGACGGCUCCAAAUGUUGCCCCGAUGGCUCUGGCAACUCUUGCGAUGCUGAGUACUACUGUACUUCGGACAGCGCUGGGGACACUUACUGCUGUCCUGAUGGCAUCGAUACUGCCGCUUGCGCAGUCCAAUACUCCCUCUCUGUUUCUCUAGUGCGACAGACCGCUGUCCCCACCUCUGCCGCUGCCGCCUCUGACACCACCCUUCCUGCUGAGACCCCGGUCCCUACGUCAUUGCUUGACGUUUCCAGUGCGGCUUCAUCCUCAACUCGCACGCCUGCUGUUAUACCCACAACCACACCUACGAUCCGCCCAGGUACAUCUUCCGCCACUGCUACGCCAACUCAGUUCAGUGGUGGGGCUGGAAAAGCCAUGGGUGCAGGCGCCGCUGUCGUGGCUGGAGCCAUGGGCUUUGCAGGACUUCUUUAAACUGCAUGAGGAAUCACCUACAUGGCAGAAGUCUGCUAGAUGCCUGUCGUUACGUUAUUACGAGCUAUGUAUAUCCAAUCGAUCGAAUGAAAUACCACACGAGUUCUGCCACUAGUCCUUUACAAC